GCGAAGUCGAAGGGCAUUUUCCUUCUUUCCCCCUAGUCACCCACACCCACUCUCUAUCCAAGCUACGGUAGAUUUUUGUCUUGUAAAUGGCUGUUCCGAUGUUCAAUCUCGCUCCUGAUAUGACGGUUUCUAGACUUUGUUUAGGGACGAUGACGUUUGGUGAGCAAAACACGUUGCCUCAGUCCUUUCAAUUGCUGGACAAAGCUUUCGAUGCUGGAAUAAACUUCUUCGACUCCGCCGAAAUGUACCCAGUGCCACAGCGACCCCGUACUCAAGGGAGGAGUGAGGAGUAUUUUGGCCGUUGGAUUAGAGAUAGAAAAAUUCCUCGUGACCGUGUUGUUUUUGCUACCAAGGUCAGUGGGCCAUCUGGACAGAUGACUUGGAUUCGAAAUGGACCGGAAAGUUUGGAUGCCAGCAAUAUAACAGAAGCCCUAGAGAAUAGUUUGUUGCGUGUUCAAACUGAUUACAUAGACUUGUAUCAAAUCCACUGGCCUGAUCGUUAUGUUCCAAUGUUUGGAGAAACUGACUAUGAUCCUGGCCGUUAUAUUUCACAUAUAAGUUUUGAUGAACAACUUGAUGCUUUAGGCAGAGCUGUUGAUGCUGGUAAGAUCAGAUACAUCGGACUAAGCAAUGAGACUCCGUAUGGAGUCAUGAAGUUUCUGGAAAUUGCCCAAAAGGAACCUCACUAUCUAAGGAUAGUAUCUUUGCAGAAUGCGUACAACUUGCUUUGCCGGAACUUUGAUUUUGGGAUGGCUGAAUGCUGUCACCAUGAGAGGGUUUGUCUGUUAGCAUACAGUCCUUUAGCCAUGGGCAUUCUCUCCGGCAAGUAUUUCUCACUUGACAAGGGUCCGCCAGAUGCUCGUUUUAAUCUUUUCAGAGGAAGAUAUGCUGAAGGAGAGUCGAGAUACAACCUGUCAAAGACCAGUAUAAAGGCAGCCACUGAAUCAUAUCUUGAAAUUGCAGAAGAAUACAACAUCCACCCGGUGUCUCUUGCAAUUGCCUUUGUUCUUCGACACCCUCUUGUUGCAAGUGCCAUUUUUGGAGCUACAACAGUGUGGCAAAUCCAAGAGUAUAAUCAUUGGAAGGUUAAAGAUAUUGGUGUCUGUUUGUACAUUACGGAGAAAAUGAUCUGGCUUAGAGAUUGCUUAGCAUGGUAAUUUGAAUCUUGAAAAUCUGGUUGGGAUUUUCUGUCACCGUUCAAUGCAUUUUUUCAAGUUUUGGAAUUUCAUGGAACUUGGCGAGGAGCUAAUUACAUGGACUUAGCGUUGGGGGAAACUUUUGGCUCCUUACAAGGCCUGUGGUGUGCUGCGGAAGGGUCAAAAUAUGAUUCAAGGGUCUUUUAGGGACCAAAGAGAUGUCUAGAACUCAAAGUAGUGGAAUAUGUGGUUUCUAGAUGAUGUUGCGGGUGUACAAGUCCACUGUACACAUAUAUUACUACUAUGAUUUGUGAAGAUUUUAUUGCGCGUAUAUAUAUAUAUUAUUAGCGGACAGUAGUGUCUCCCUUAAAUGGGCUGCCGCCUGCUGGAAACUGAAGCCCUCCUGCGCAUGUCGACUUUUUGGUUGGUUGAAUUUGUAGAAAAUGGAGACUACGCCAUUGAAGAAGCAAGCGUCAAGUCGUCAACCAUGUGGUGGUAUGUUGUAGCGACGGAUUAAUUGAUCGGAAGAUAUGCCUGGUUCUGUUCUUGUUCCG